UGUUUCACUUGCAAGAAUAUUAUUGUCUAUGAAAUCCCAAAUUCUGAUCAUUUUCUAUCAUGUGCACCAACUGCUUGCAUGUUGUUCCUACUCAAGCAGUCAACCAAGGAAUUCUAUGCGUGAUACAGAUAAAUGUCGGCGAAAACCGAAGUACGAUUCCAUAUAUAUAAAUUGUGGAGGAGGAGACACAGUUAUUGAUGGGAAAGUGUUCGAAGCAGACGAUUCAACAUCAAAUUACUAUAUAGCACCAAAAGAAAAUUGGGCUUAUUCUUGUUCUGGAGACUUUGGUUCGGAAAAUAACGGUUCCAGUCAUUACAUAAAAAACGGAAUUUGUGGUUCUGCUGAGACACAGUUAUACAAUUCAAGUCGCCUCUGCCCUCUUUCUCUGACAUAUUAUGGCUUCUGUUUAUUUAAAGGAAAUUACACUGUGACACUUUACUUCGCUGAAACUGUUUACCAAAGUGAUGAAGAUUAUUCGAAUUUAGGGAAACGUGUUUUUGAUGUAUAUAUACAGGGGCAGAGAGAACUAAAAGACUUCAACAUAAAAGAAAUGGUCAGCGGCACCAAUAAGACAUGGAAUGCAAAUUUCACAGCAUAUGUCGGAGAUGAUCAUCUAUUGACUAUCCACUUUUUCUGGGCCGGAAAAGGAUCUUUCCAGGUGCCAGGUAUUUCCUAUUCAAGUACUGCUGCCCUGUCUCUGAAUGGACCCCUUGUGUCAGGCAUUUCCGUAACUGCAAACUUCAAAGUUGGCACGGGACUAUCUCCUUCACAAAUUGCAGGGAUUACUGCAGGUUCAGUAUUUGCUCCUCUACUUCUGUUGGCUUUCAUGUGGAAAAUGGGCUGGCUGCGGAAAAGCGAGCUGGAUGAAAUAACCAUUGAGGUCCAAGGUGAUGGAAAAUCUUUCACCCUCAAACAAAUAAUCGAUGCUACUCGAAAAUUUAGCCCCAAAAUGGAGAUUGGCAGGGGACGCUUUGGAAUAGUAUACACGGCUGAAUUGCCGAAUGAGAUAAAAUUAGCAGUGAAGAAGAUUUCUCCUCAAUCAAAGCAACAUGGAAAAGAUGAAUUACAAAGGGAAAUCUUCAACCUGAAAUCUUUGCAUCAUGAGAAUCUUGUUCAAUUGUUGGAUGGCUAUUCUAUUAAAGACCUGCAUCUGCUAGUGUAUGACUACAUGCAUAAAGGCUCCCUUCACCAUGCGUUGUUUGAACCAAAUUCCACGACAAAACUUGAUUGGAAAGCUAGAUUUGAUAUCUGUCUGGGAAUAGCAAGAGGUUUGAGGUAUUUACAUGAAGAGAAAAGGUUCAAGAUUGUUCAUGGAAACAUAAAACCUAGUAAUAUUAUGCUUGAUAACUCUCUUACGGCGAAGUUGUCUGACUUUGGAUUGGCAACGCUUUGUGAUGAGGAAGAUCCAUUUAUGACCAUCAAAGCAAAAGGGUCGCGAGUUUACAUGGCACCUGAGUAUUCAAUGGGAAAAGCAAUAACUGUUAAAGCUGAUGUUUACAGUUUCGGAGUUGUCCUACUCGAAAUAAUUAGCGGGAAAGUUAGUGCAGAUUACACACCAAACCAAGAAGCUGAGUUUCUUCUUGAUAAAGCUGGUGUUUUGCACGAUAAGGGAAGAAUCCUUGAAUUGGUUGACAAGAAAUUAGCAUCCAGUUACAACAGAAAGCAGGCUCUCACUGUUUUGCUGUUAGCAAUGAAGUGUGUUAAUCUGUCUCCUACUCUCAGGCCUAAAAUGUCCGAAGUCGUCAGUGUACUUGAAGGUGAGAAAAGAAUCGAUGAGAUUUCUGAAGGUGAUACUCCAUCAGCAAAAAUUGGAGGACUGUGCGGUGCGUGUUCCAUGGUGUUGGACAUUGAGCCAAUUUCUUAGCCAAUUGGCAAUGUUAAGUUUGGUGAUGAAAACCUUCUGCCUCUUUUUUAUUUUGUAAUUAUUUGGGUCUAAUAAUGUGGUGGUGACAAGACACCAUUGAUGUGUGCGUGAGAGACUCCAUGAGAAAAUAUGUGUGUUUGCUUUGUCUGCUAUGAUUUAUUUGUGCUGUUAUGGCUGCUGGUAAUUCCGUGAAUUGAAUAAGAUUAUCAUUAGCCAUCCUUU